AUGCAAGAGCCGCUAGUAUUAGCAAUUCAAAGCCACGUUACACACGGAAAGUGUGGAAAUAGAUCUGGUGUUCUUCCUAUGGAAGUUAAUGGAAUCGACGUUGACCCAUUAAAUACAGUAAAUUUCUCCACUCACACUGCAUAUCCUCAUGUAAAAGGAACAAUCAUGAAUUUACAAGAAUUCAGAGAUCAAAUGGAUGGUCUUCGUUACAAUAAGAUUCUUGAAACUUACACACAUCUCCUCACUGGUUAUAUUGGCGAUCCACAAGUUGUUCGUGAAUUAGUUAGCUUGCGCAAAGAGCUUAAUCCUGGAGUCCAUUAUCUUUGCGAUCCAGUUCUUGGUGAUGCCUGCGGUUACUAUGUGUCAAAAGAUUGUUUAUCAAUUUUAAGAGACGAGCUUGUCCCAGUAGCCGAUACAAUUACUCCAAACUCAUAUGAAGCCGAGUGGCUUACCGAUAAAAAGAUCAACAAUCAAAAAGAUUUAAUUGAAGUUGUCAAUGCUUUGCAUAAAUUAGGUCCAAAGAAUGUAAUCAUCUCAAGCAUGGUUUGGAAGCAUAGAUAUGUCUUCUUCAGCUUCGACAAUGGAAAACAACAAUAUGUUUAUGAAACUCCAAGCUUCGACAGAGGAUUUACAGGACCAGGAGAUAUCUUUGCUUCUCUUCUAAUGGCAUCCAUCGUUAAAACACCAAAUGAUUAUUACAAGAUUGCAUCAUAUACAGUCAAUGCUACAUAUGCCAUCAUCAAGAGAACAUACGAACUUGGAUUCAGAGAAUUGGCCCUCCACAAGUCAAUUGAUCUUAUCAUCAAUCCACCUGAAGAAUUUAAACCACUUGAUCUCCAGGCACUCUUAAACCUCAAACCAGAAGAGUUAUAA